AUGGUGAAUUACCAGAAAUACAUUACUGUUAUGCAGCUGGCUCUGGGGGUGACCGCCUCCAACAAAGAACAUUGUCUUCCACCCAGGAAGCGUAUGUGGCUUAAGAAAGGCCUGAACUGGUACCAGUUCUACAUUGAUACUGAGAGUAUCUGUGACGGGUCAGCCCCACAUCUCACCAUGACCCAGCUACGGGUUGGCCGCUGUGGCGCUCAGAUCUGGCCAGACCCGCUGCGCUUCCUCAGCCCGAAGGGUAACUGCGGCCUUUUAAAAAGCACAGACGUUUCCACAAUCUUCCUGGUGGGCCACCUCCGUCUUGCCAGUGGCACUUUGUCAUGCUGUGAUACAACCAUGUCUUUUGUGUGCUCGCCGGCCUCUGAUGUUGUGCUGUCGUCUUUCUCUGUCUCCUAUCUACUCCGCUGUGCUGAUCCAAGGCAUCACCCGAGCCCGACCGCUGGCUCCGUCACAGCAGCGUCCUCAGCGAGCACCGGUCAGGGCAAGCCAUCGCUCCGCCGCAUCAAGGGCCGCAUCCACAGGAGCAAGAGUUUGGAUAGCAUCGAUCUCCUUGACUCCAAUUCCGGGGAGGACUUUGGCUCCCAGCCGACUCCUGCUGUCAUUUGUGUUGGCAAGCAUUGCACUUGCUUACAGAAAGCUUGA